CCGGAAGCGCGCGGCUGCUCUUUUCGGCGAGAGCAGCUGCCAGGAAGCGGAACGAAUGAAGUUCAUUUUUCACUGUUGGUGAUGGCGGAUGUUGUCGAAAUAGAAACUACGAAGAAUUAUAACAUAGCUGUUGAGAGGAUAGAUCCCAUUACAAGUCGCUAUCCUUACUGUAUUGUCUGGACGCCUAUCCCUGUUCUAUCAUGGAUCCUGCCCUUCAUAGGUCACCUAGGGAUUUGUACCUCAGCGGGCGUGAUCCGAGACUUUGCAGGGCCCUACUUUGUCUCAGAGGACAACAUGGCCUUCGGGAGACCCACUAAGUACUGGAUGCUUGACGUAAGCAAGGUGUACGGCAGUGGUUCCAAUGCCUGGGACACAGCAGUCCAUGAUGCCUCUGAGGAGUACAGACACAGAAUGCACAACCUUUGCUGUGACAACUGUCACUCACACGUUGCCAUGGCGCUGAACCUGAUGCGCUAUGACAACAGCACGUCGUGGAACAUGGUCAACCUUUGUCUGCUCUGCCUUAUCCACGGAAAGCAUGUCAGCUGUGCUGGGUUCCUGAAGACCUGGCUGCCCUUCCUCAUCCUCUUCAGCGUGAUCCUGACGGUGGCUUUAACUCUGAACCUGCGCUGAUGGGACUGAAGCACGAAGAGGAGAGACUAGGAGAGGACGGAAGGAGAGAAGAGAAGAGGAGAGGAGAUGGAUGUGAGGAAGGGGACGAACAGAGAGGGGAAUCACAGCCCUCCUUAAACGGGGAACAGAUGAUAGGGUGGGGGGUGGGUUUGAAGGUGUUGUGCCCAUGGCUCCCUAUUAGAAUGAAAAGAAAGAUAAAAAAAACUAAUUACAUAACAGUCCUCUCACCCCUACACUUGGGCGCAAUGAAAUGAGGCUAACAUUAAUAUUAGCCUCGUAUAUAACUUUGCCACAGAGUACAGAGACAUGGCAGAGGCCACUGGAGGCAUCUGCACAGCUGGUGUGUUAAUGAAACUCAGUGACUUACUUGAAUUUCAGAGGCUCAGGUCAGUAGCCAUCUUUAUCUGUGGCUCCUAGCCCUUCUGUCAGUCCGGUCAGGGAGGAGAGCCUAGGCCUUUUGCCAAGAGGUUGUGGUCUGUUUUUAAUCAUUAAUGUGUAAUGUUUGCUUUCUCAUGUUUGAUCCAAAAAAACAAAACAAAAAACUACAAAAAUGAAACAAAGGAAACGUUGAUGUUUUCUCUUACACGCCUUCUCUUGAGCUGUUGCAUUUUCUCGGCUAAAUUUGAUGCGGCUCUUGUAGCGUCCCCUGUUUCCGUGCUGCUGAUUGGCAUGCUUUUUGUUUUCGUUUUUUGGUGCGCGCUGAGUUCUUUUGCCGCGUUAGUGAAUGUACACCCAAACAAGGCAGCGAGCAGCUAGCAUACCCACGCGCUGUUGAAUAUUUUCGAACGCUUUUCUAGUUUACUUCACAUUUGAUAUGAAACACAGACGGUUUUCUGGAUCUUCUGUAGAACUUGUGCUGUGACCGUGUAAGGUUCUGUUUCGUAUGGCGGUCACUAUGAUGAGCUGAGGCUGUGGCUUUUGAUGGAAGUGUGCGAGUGUCGUGUCUGUUAGUUGUCUUCCAGCGCUCCGAAAGUGGUAGUGGGAAUCAAAGUGGGAAUCGAUGGUCUUAAUCCGUUACAGUCCCACUCCCCCUCCCCCCCAAAAAAAGCGACAUUAAUGUCUGUCUGCGGGGAGUAGGCAGAGGAUGACAUGGUCCAGGUCUUUUGCGGUGAUUGAAUUCUGGGCCUUGUUUCAUUCCCCUCCUCUCAAACUCUAUCCCGACUUUUUAAAGACGCAUUGACCUCUUUCUUCAUCAGCUGUGUCUUUUUUUUUACCCUCUUUCUCUUUCUCCUCUUUUGUUGCCUCUUUCAUCCUCUGAUCUAUGAAACUAAUGAGUUCAGUCAGUGCCUAGGCAGGAAGAAAAAAAAAGGAAAAACAAAACAAAGUCUGCUCUUCACUCGAUGUUGAAUGUAUCCACAUGGUUCCAGGAUUAGGAAUAAGAACCUGGGCCCAAAUGAGCCCCAAAUGGCUGUUCCUAGAGCAGUUUUCGUUUUCUUUUUCUUUUUUUUUGGUCUCUCGUGAGGUUCUGUGUAGGACACUGACAAUGAUGUCAAGCUUCAUUGUUUACCUUUCUGUUUUCCCCGAUGCACUGUACAUAUUAACUUUCCAUUUAGUCCCAAACACCAGUUGAACUCGCUGUAAUCCUAGACGAUCGCCAGGACACCAAAUCCGUUGCCAUGGCUUCAGUGGCAGAAUCAAAUCCCCCCUUUGUUUGGAAUCAAACAGAAAAAGCACUGACCCCCCCCCCCCCCAUCACCACCACCUCGUUCCUUUUCCCUCUUUUUUGGCUUGAGCGCCAGAAGCAGCAGGUAGUCGGGGUCCUGAGGUCUGCGGAGAGCCCUUGCUAAAUCUCCCUCGAGUGGGAGAGGAGUGCAUCUCCCGCUGUCUUCCACCAUGCUGAUCAGAUUAGGGGGACACUGUGGGAUGGCAAUGCGGAUCGCCAAACUUUCUCACGUGCGGUUGAGUCUCUUCUUCCAGGCCACUUCUAGUUCUUCCCUGGAAACGUGAAGCAUUCCAAUUCAGGCCACUUUGUCUUUGGGGAAGGGGUGUGGGUGCCACACCUAGUCCAACACACUUUAAAUAACUAGAAGAGAAGAUUUGUUUUCUAUUGGAUUAGAUGCUUUUUUGUAAAUAUUGACCUGCCUAUACCCACCCUCACUGAAAGCCGUGAUGGUGUCCUGUGGGAAUGGCAGCAAUACGGUGAAGUCGAACCGUUCCCGUAUCCCUUGGCAACCUAGUGACAUUAACAGGAAUCUUCUGCCAUGGCUCCAAAAGGAAUUGGAACCGUAGGAUUAACGGGUUAAGACCGGUCGUGAUGCUGAUGGUGGCGACGUAAAAUGACGAUGCAGUGAACAAAACAAAUGUUCAGAAGCAGGAAGGGAAUCCUCUCGACAGAGACGUGAUGCAGUUCGACUGGUGCCAUGUUGCUAACAAGCCAGCUAAUGUUUCAACUUGGGCUUUUCACACCAAUCAGGAUUUGCUCAUCAGUCUUGCAUGUUUUACACAUGUCACGGAGGUCCGCGCUCUGUAGUGUUCCAUAAUAUACAGUCAGGUGGGAAUACACAACACCUGUGACUUCACCGUACCUGAGUGGGAAUGAGAAUGUGUUAUCUAUUUCGUGUUGGUUGGACCGAUUUUGUGUAUGAAAGGGGCUUUAGUGAGACCUAUUCCCAUUGCCUUUGCCGCACAGACACUUACAUCCCAAAACUGGGCUUCAGUUCAACUGACUGUGUGUGUGUUUGUGUAUAUCACAUGGUGAGUGUGCUUGUGUGUGUGUGUGUGUGUGUGUGUGUGUGUG